GACGUCAUUACUCGGCGCCCAUGCCGACUUGACAGCUGCGUUGUGGCUGUUUCUUGAGAUACUGUCGUAAUUUUGGUGUUAUUACGACUUUGUAGUGGUUUAAUGUAACGUCCGAGGCUUUAGAACAGAUCGACACUCAUGGAUAUGGCUUCUUCUGUGCGGCAUGCAAGAUUGCAAUGGCAGGUGUUUAUUGUCCUAAUAGAAAUGUGCGCAUGUUUCACCGAUGUGGAUCCUCUGUCCAUUACAACUGCGACGGGAUUGCAAACAAAUGGAGAUACAUUCAAAAUCGACGGCCGUGCGAUUGUACCUGGAGUGAGGCUACAGGACUGGAUUUCAACAGCCCGUGUUAUUGUCGAGGGAGAGGAACACGUCGGAUUUUUCAGAAUUGAUGGAAGCUUCACUGUCAACGAUGUGCCACCAGGGUCCUACGUUGUUCAAGUGAUUUCACCGUCAUACCGAUUCGAACCUGUCCGAGUUGACAUCACAACUAAAGGAAAAAUGAGUGUCACUUCCCUUUUGUUUUACAGAGCACGUCUUGUGAACUAUAUCAAGCCAUCAGAGGUAGUGAGAUUCCCAUAUCCCCUUCAGAUGAGGUCUAUAGGCCCGCACUCAUACUUUGUGAAGCGUGAGACCUGGGGCUGGUCUGAUUUCCUCAUGAACCCAAUGGUCAUGAUGAUGGUGCUGCCUUUAGUAAUAAUCCUCCUCCUGCCUAAAGUUGUGAACACAAAUGAUCCAGAGAUGAGAAGGGAAAUGGAGCAGUCAAUGAACAUGCUCAACCCCAACCACGAAUUGCCAGAUGUCUCAGAAUUCAUGACCAAGCUCUUCUCCUCAAAGACCCCCACCAAGACUGGAGGUGGAGGUGCUCGGGGUCCAAAGGGAGGAGCAACGAAAAGGAGGUAGUGCUGACCUAUGACCCAAUGAAAAGCACCUCUGUAUCUCAGUCCUGUUUCUGGCCUGGGCCUAUACAAAGAAACUCAAGGAAAAUCAUUUGACAAUUAAGCUUAUUACACUGACCUUUAAGGUUCCCUAUAUGAAAACAUGCAAUACUGCUUCAAUGGUUUUAAGAGUCCCUGAAUUUAGUAAGGUAGUGUCUUAAGUUUUCCCUGUCAGAAUAUCUUAGGAUAAGCAGAUAAACUGUGCUUCUUUAGGCAAAGCUGAUAUGUUUGGAUUUUCAAAUGUAGUAUGACAUUGUUCGUUGUCUCCUCAGUCUGCGAUGUUUAGGAACACCGUUAUAAUCAAUCUCUGGACUGAAACGUCAUGUUGCACUCAGUUACAGGACAACAUGAAAAAGCUAUGGGCUUUUAAGCUUAGCAUAGGUCAUUUAUAGUCUUAAUUUUGAAUAAUUUUAAAGUUACAAUGCAAACAAUGAUACAGUGAUAAUCUUAAUGACCCUUGGGUGUUUAGAAUGCUUUUCUUUCUACUCAUGAUUGAUUCUUUUGCCUUCCUCUGGUUUUAAGUUUGUUAGCAAACAUCUUUCAUCACCUCCUUUCAUCUGCCAACAAUUACGCUUUACAAUUACUGUUGCAAUCAUUGAUAUCAAUUGAGUUUUAUGUGUCCCAAGGAUAGCAUAGAAAAUCCAUAUACUACAUUGGUGGCAGUGGCAUAGGACUGAAAGUUUUCUGACUGAUGAUAAAAAGAUAAUUUAUGGAUAUAUGGGGCUGUAUUUUGGGCACCAGCGCAUGGCGUAAAGUUCGUUUUCCACCCGCGCAAAGUUUAAUUCGGUAUUUUGCACGUUUAUUUUUUAAACAUUCUGCCCAGGGGUG